UUCGGAUUCAAUGACCCGGUCCGGAGUGGUCCGGAAAGUCUGGCAAUCACGUGCUCGGCGUUCUCCUUUACCUCCACAUUCCAAUGGCGCCGCGUCCAACGUACAGAGGACCCAAGCCUAUUAAUCUCCUAAAGUACCACCGACCGAAACUAAGGCUCAGCCACGUCAGAGAGGUUCCGCGUCUCAGUAAAGAAUCCCGGCAAUGCAUACGGACCUUGGCAUCGUACCGUUUACCAAAGCCACGCCUCAAAUUCCCUAGGUCAAAGUGUGCUGCUGUCCUUGUCGCUUUGUUCGUUGGUCGUUCUGGCGAGCUACACGUCCUGUUAAGCAGCCGGGCUGCGACGCUCAGGACCUUUGCUGGAGAUACGUCUUUACCCGGGGGAAAGGUCGAUCCGGAAGAUAAGAACUUUGAAGAUGCUGCUCGACGGGAGGCUUUUGAAGAGAUUGGUUUACCUCGAGACCGUCGCAAGGUCCCCCUUCUCUGCGUUCUGGAUCCUUUCAUAGCGUCAAACCAGCUGAUUGUUGUACCUGUUGUCGUGCUCAUCGUGGAUAACACGCUCCGGCCGAUCCUCAAUUCAGCAGAAGUUGCUUCUCUCUUUUCUCAUCCACUCAAGGCUUUCGUAUCCUCCGAAUAUGCUUUGAACUCUGAAAUGGCAUCCCUUGAAGUCCCUCAUCACUCAUACAAGGACUAUACUUUACCCCCAGGACCUGACGGCGCCUGCCGCCAAAUGCGUGUACAUCAGUUUCUGACCGGCCGAGAGGCUGGGGGUACCAAACCUGUGUUUGGUCUAACUGCCGCAAUUCUCAUACGCGUGGCAAUGCUCGGCUAUAGAAAGGAACCAGAUUUUCAGGUGGAACCACCUGGUGCGCCUACGAACGAAGAAAGGAUUGCAUGGUUGAUGUACUCAAAUCCGACUUUCCGGGAAGCAUGCUUAGCUGAAGGUAUUGAAGUAGAUUGGGAGAGUGUACACUGUAUUGCUGAGGAGGUUUACAAAAGAGAUAAGCCCCUCUGGCCAAUACGAAGUAAACUCUGAUAUAUAUAUGGCAGGAACAUAAACAUGGUGUCGAAUGAUUGAAAUCAGAAGUACCGGGCUUCCUUGGUGUAGGAACAUCACAUGGAAUAGUAAUGAAUUCUGCGUGCCCAGCGAGAAGAGGAAUCCUGCAAUGCAAAGAGCAUCCUUAAUUACCCGCAUUACUCGAGCUUUGAAAGGGUACGGUGUGCCCCUAAAGGAACGGAAGGCAGUGCUUGGGGCAAAGUGAUGAAAUGCCGACGGCGCUAAUAACAUUCGCCGGCGCGGCUGCCGAGUCUAUGUUCUCGCAAUCGUCGG